ACAAAGAAACUUACCUCAAUUUUUUUAAAUGACAGAAUUGCCAAGAGUCAUCCAGAGAUUAUUGUGGACAUCUGAAACUGUCAGGGGGUUACGUGGAGAAGCAAGAAUCUUAACCAACAGCAACAAAACAAGACCAAAUACUUUCAGAUAUGUCCUCCUCCAGUAAUCCACUCUCUGAGGAGCUUCAGUGCUCUGUAUGUCUGGAGGUGUUCACUGAUCCGGUCAGCACUCCAUGUGGACACAACUUCUGCAGGAGCUGUCUGAAUAAGUGCUGGAACAACAGCGAGACCUGCAGCUGUCCAUACUGUAAAGAAACAUUCACACAGAGACCUGAUCUCAAGAUUAACACCACACUCAGAGAGAUCUCAGAGCACUAUAAAGAGAAAAAGCCUGAGGAAAAGGCUGAAGUUGUGUGUGACGUCUGUGAGGACAGAAAGCUGAAAGCCCUGAAGUCGUGUCUGGUUUGUCAGAUUUCUUACUGUCAAACUCACCUGGAGCCUCAUUUGAGAGUGGCAGGAUUAAAGAAACACAAACUGAUGGAUCCUGUGAGGAAUCUGGAGGACUAUAUAUGUCAGAAACACGACAGACCUCUGGAGCUCUUCUGUAGAGAUGAUCAGAUGUGUGUGUGUCUGUGCUGCAUUGUGACCGACCACAAAAACCACAACACUGUUCCUGUACAAGAGGAGAGUGAAGAGAAGAAGACUGAACUGAUGAAGACACAGACAGACGUGCAGCAGAUGAUCCAGGACAGAAUCAAGAAGAUUCAAGACAUCAAACACUCAGCAGGAGUCAGAAAAAUAAACUCAGAGAAGGAGAAAGCAGCUCAUGUGGAGAUCUUCACUGAUCUGAUCCGCUCCAUUGAGAGAUGUCAGACUGAACUGCUGGAGAUGAUGGAGGAGCAGCAGAAAGCAGCAGAGAAACUGGAGGAAGAGCUGAUUGAAGAGCUGGAGCAGGAGAUCACUGAGCUGAAGAUGAGAAACACUGAGCUGGAGCAGCUCUCACACACUGAAGAUCACCUCCACCUCCUACAGAUGUGCUCAUCUCUGCAGUGCAGACCUGCAGACACCAGGACCUGGCCUGAGAUCAGUGUGAAAACCUGUGAUAGUCUGGAGGCUCUGAGAAAAGCUUUAGAUCAACUGAAGGACACUGUAGAGAAAAAACUCAGUCAAUCUAAGCUGAAGUGGAUGCAGCAGUAUGCAGUGGAUGUGACUCUGGAUCCUGAUACAGCUAAUCCAUAUCUCAUCCUGUCUGAAGAUGGAAAACAAGUGACGUGUGGAGACAUCAGACAGAAACUCCCAGACAAACCACAGAGAUUUGAUAUAUAUCUUGAUGUCCUGGGAAAGGAGGGAUUCUCCUCAGGGAGAUUUUAUUAUGAGGUGCAGGUGAAGGGAAAGACUGACUGGACUUUAGGAGUGGUCAGAGAAUCAGUAGACAGAAAGGGAGAGGUCAUACACAGUCCCAGUGAUGGAUUCUGGACUGUGAUUUUGGGGGAUGGGAAUGAAUAUGAAGCCAAUGCUGAUUCUCCUGUCUCUCUGUCUGUGAAAGUGAAGCUGCAGCGGGUCGGUGUGUUUGUUGAUUAUGAGGAGGGUUUGGUCUCCUUUUAUGAUGUGGAGUCUAGCUCUCAUAUUUACUCUUACACUGGUCAGACUUUCACUGAUAAACUCUAUCCAUAUUUCAGCCCUGAAAUCAAUGAUAAUGGUAAAAACUCAACUUCUCUAAUCAUCACACCUGUAAGUGUGAAUAAGUGAUUGUACUUCCUCCUUCCCAGUAUGAAAAACACACAAAAAUAAUAUUUUGAAUACCGUUACUUAGUAUCUACUUCUUUUCAUCCAUUCAUUGGAUUACAGCUCUAAUAGAUCUUUUGAUAUGUAAAACUGUAUAAGUGUGUUACUUUCACAUUGAACUCAUUUUCUGCAUGUGUCCUCUCAGGAUGUCCUUUUGUUCUUCAGUUUAAAGUAAAUCUGACUGCUUGCUUCAUAUCCAAAUAAAACAUUGAAAUGAAA